AUGGCCUUGGCAGUAGUUACCGCGAGUCUGAUUCUUUCGGGGGUCCAGGCACAAUCUUUGGCUUUGGCUGAGAGGUCUCUGCCCGAAAAGGCUCAGAUCAUUGACCAGAAGAGCUUCAAUGUCCUGGAGGUCGUGCCGCCCCCAUACGAGUUCAAUGCCACGUCGAAGUUCGUCUGGCCUGGGGUCACUGAGGAGUCUCUUAAAGAGAAGCCUUUCCACAUCUACGAUCCCGAGUUCUACGACAUCAUCGGCAGCGACCCGUCAUUGACCCUGAUUGCGACCUCGGAUACGGAUCCCAUUUUCCACGAGGCUGUAGUUUGGUACCCUCCGACGGAGGAGGUCUUCUUUGUCCAGAACGCAGGACCCAUCGCGGCGGGAACGGGCCUGAACAAGUCAUCCAUUGUUCAGAAGAUCUCGCUGGCCGAUGUCGAGGCUCUUCGCGCCGGGUCUCUGGAUACUCCCGAGGUCGAGGUUGUCACCGUUCCGUCGAACCCCCAAGUCAUCAACCCCAAUGGUGGAACGAACUACCAAGGCCAGAUCAUUUUUGCUGGCGAGGGCCAGGGCGACCGUGUUCCCUCGGCCCUCUACCUGAUGAACCCGCUGGAACCGUACAAUACAACCCUCCUUGUCAACAACUACUUCGGCCGACAGUUCAACUCGCUCAAUGACGUCGCUGUGAACCGUCGCAAUGGAGACAUCUACUUCACCGACACGCAGUACGGAUACUGGCAGUACUUCCGCCCUGAACCGGGUCUGCGGAACCAGGUCUACCGCCUGAACCCCAAGACCGGCGCGUUGACUGUGGUCUCUGACGACUUCGUUUCCCCCAACGGAAUUACGUUCUCGCCUGACGGAACCUACGCGUAUGUCACCGACACGGGAAUCAGCCGCGGGCGUAUGGGCCAGAACUUCACUGAGCCAGCCACUGUCUACCGUUACGACGUCAAUGAGGAUGGCACUUGGGACAACCGCAAGACGUUCGCCCACACCCAUGCGCGUCUGCCAGACGGUGUUCACACCGACUCCAAAGGCAACGUCUACGCCGGCUGCAACGACGGUGUUCAUGUCUGGAACCCUUCGGGCAAGCUUAUUGGCAAGAUUUAUACCGGAACCGUCGCCGCCAACUUCCAGUUCGCCGGUGAUGGACGUAUGGUCAUUACGGGCCAGACCAAGCUGUUUUAUGCUACCCUCGCAGCUUCUGGGGUUGCCUUGACAUGA